GUCAAAAAAAAAAAAACAUUUUGCUUUAGCUUUUAGGUACUAUAUAUUUUUUAAUUUUUUGCAUCAUGAAUGAAACGAAAUCUACUUCAAAUUUGCAGGAAUUUUAUUAAUGAACCGCUGUUGAUGCGGUCAGACAAGUAAAAUUAACAUUUAAAAAAAUAUCUGAGGUUGUAAACAAAGUGUAACAAAAUGCCGUCAGAAUCUAAGAUUCCUGCCCAAAUGGAGAAACCAAAUCAUUAUUCAUAUUUAAAAGAGUUUCGUGUUGAGCAGUGUCCAUUGUUUUUACAACAUAAAUGUACACAACAUAGACCUUAUACUUGUUUUAAUUGGCAUUUUAUGAAUCAGCGCCGUCGUAGACCAGUUAGAAAAAGAGAUGGCACUUAUAACUAUAGUGCAGAUGAUUAUUGUUCACAUUAUGAUGAGACAACUGGAGUUUGUACUAAAGGAGACGAGUGCACAUUUUUACAUCGAACAGCUGGUGAUACAGAAAGACGUUACCAUUUGAGAUAUUAUAAGACAUGUAUGUGUGUUCAUGAUACUGACAGUAGGGGAUUUUGCACAAAAAAUGGGCCGCAUUGUGCUUUUGCACAUGGGAAUCAUGAUUUAAGACCACCUGUAUAUGAUAUUACUGAUCAAAAGGCAUCUGAAAAUGAUGAUGAUAAUAAUGUAGAUUUAGAUGGACCAAAUGUAUUAGAUAAAGAAAAAAAUUUAAUGAAUGAAGAUCCUAAAUGGCAGGACACUAAUUUUGUUCUAUCAAAUUAUAAAACUGACCAAUGUCAACGUCCUCCUAGACUUUGUCGUCAAGGAUAUGCGUGUCCUCAAUAUCAUAAUAGUAGAGAUAAAAGAAGAAAUCCAAGAAAAUACAAGUACAGAUCUACUCCAUGUCCUAGCGUAAAACAUGGAGAUGAAUGGGGUGAACCAAGUAAUUGUGAAAGUGGUGAUUCCUGUGCGUAUUGCCAUACUAGAACUGAACAACAAUUUCAUCCAGAAAUAUAUAAAUCUACAAAAUGUAAUGAUGUACAGCAAGCUGGUUAUUGUCCUCGUGGAGUAUUUUGUGCUUUUGCGCACGUGGAUCAGGAAAUGAUUAUUGCUCGUGAAUCAGCUGCUGGAUUAGAUUCUUCAACAGAUUUAGCUGAUAUAUUAUCUAAUGCUGUGCCUUCAUUAGGGACCGAAUGUUUAAGAUCUCCGGUAAAAAAAAUAGAUAAUGACAAAAAUAGUUCAUCGAAUGGAAGUGGAGAUUUAUCAGAAUGCGCUUCAAGUAUUGGUUCUCCUAAUAAAGCUCCUGGUGCUCAUUUGUCUAGAUCUGAAUUUAAUGUACAACAAUUUCAAAUAGCUCAUGAAGAUACCAUACAAGCUCUUUUAAAUUCAUUUGAUUCUCAAUCAUUGUUACCUAAUGUUGAACCACAAAGAAGACAUAGUUCUAUAUUUGGACCUGUUGUAUCUAAUGGUAAUAGUAAUUCAUCAUAUAUGAAUCAUUUUUCUUCUUAUCAGUCUACUAAUACUAUGAAUGGUAAUUUAGAUGAUUUAGUUGUGGAAGAUAAUUUAAAUUUUUCCGUUGAUCGAGAAAAUGAAUCUCCAAUAUUAAAUAAUCCUUUAUCAUCAAGUUUACAAGCCUCUGAUAUUUUAGGAAGCUCAGCUCCAGUUAAUAUUCCUCUUACACGCCAUAAUAGUAUUGGUCAUUUUUCUCCAACAAUAGCUUCUCCAUUAAAACAUAUGCAAAAUAAUAUCAUACAAAAAUCUAGGUAUAACCAACAAGAUGGUUUAGGUCAUUUGAAUAUUGUUACUGGCAACAAUUAUGGCUCAACUGGUUUGUUUGGUAUUGGCUCUCCUGGAGCUGCAAACACAUUUCCAAUUAGUCCUUCAAAUUCAAAUGAAGUUCAAAGAUUACAAGAAGAAUUAUUAAAUUGUAGAUCAAAAUUAGUGUCUUGGGAAUCUGAACGAAUGUCACAAGUUAGAUGCACUUAUGAAGCAUGGCAAAGAGAGACUGAAGAUUCAAAUAAUAAAUUAAAAAUUGCAGAACAACAAAGAGAUGAAGCUAUUAAUCAAGCAAAAUCGUUACAAAAAGAAGUAGAUUUAUUACAAGGUUCACCGUAUCUUCAUGGAUUACGUAGGGUCUCAGAAAUUAGGAAUUUAUCAUUAUCUGUAUUAAAGUCAUUACAGAGUCAAAUGAGAAAUGAUUUAGAAGAAAUCGAAAAGGUUUUAUACUUACAAACUGCUACCAAAUGCAUGUUAUGCGAGGAGCGUAAUAGGAGUGUCACAUUGGGACCUUGUAAUCACUUUGUGUUGUGUAAUCAGUGUGUGGAUACGAUAAAAGAUUGUCCAUAUUGCUCGACCCCUAUCUUAUCUCAUACUAAUACAUCAACAACUCAGGCAUAG